AUGCGUUCAGAAUAUAGAGUAAAUAUUACAUGGUUCGACAUCCAAGCUAUCAUUGCUGAACGAGACUUUACGCAAUCAACAACGAGCACUCCUGGAUCUCGAAGGACACCUACAUUACCCGUAACUAGAGUUCCUCCUAACCGUUGCGUGGACUCUGGUCGGAUAUAUCUUGAGGGUGAAACAUGGAAGCGGGACAACUGCACCCUCUGCCAAUGCCAUCGCGCCCGCAUGAAUUGCUCCGUCAUACCGGCCUGUCUUAUCCCGCCUGCGACCAGUAGACCGAUAUACAACGCCGGGGCUUUACCGACUACACCAGUGAGAGGAGUACCCGGAACGCCUGGAGAUGAGGGUCCAUCAGGACCGCCGGGUGCACCGGGGGUCAGCGGCGUACCUGGUGCACCUGGUUCACCAGGACCGGCAGGACCUAUGCCUGAUGUCAACGCUUAUCUUGCACAACUAGCUGCAACCGCUGGCGGUGAUAAAGGACCUGCAUUUGACCCUUACCAGUACAUGCAAGCACCAGUGGGUGUUCCGGGUAUUAGAGGAAUUCCGGGCCCUCAAGGCCCACCAGGACCACAGGGUUUCCAGGGACCUCGCGGCGAGCCCGGAGAGUCGGGCCUUCCCGGACCAUUAGGUCCACCUGGUGAAAGAGGACCACCAGGUAUUCCUGGGAAAGACGGAUCUCCGGGUGAAGAUGGGGAGCCAGGUCCAGCUGGAGCGAUAGGACAAACAGGUCCGAGAGGAACUCCAGGAGUUCCAGGGAUACAGGGUCUGAAGGGUCAUCGUGGAUUUGAUGGCAAAGAUGGCGCUAAAGGCGAGCAAGGUUUCCCUGGAGAAAAAGGCCCUACCGGUCUACCCGGGAAAGGACACCCAGGUGAAAGAGGAGGCGUUGGAUUACCAGGGCCCAAAGGAAGCACAGGUGAUACCGGAAGACCUGGACCUCAAGGUUUGCAAGGUCAAAGAGGUUUAGUCGGAAGGCCUGGUAUGACUGGAAAAUCUGGGCCACCUGGAGAAAGAGGAAUUCCCGGUGCCGAUGGAAGGCCUGGAGAACAAGGAUUGCAAGGUUUACAAGGUCCACCUGGAAUGAUGGGUAGUCCAGGGGAAAGAGGUUUACAGGGCGAAUCCGGAAAAGACGGUGAACCGGGCCAACAAGGACAGCAAGGACCAAAAGGCGAUUCUGGUCGAGAUGGUAGUCCAGGAAUUCAAGGGCCACAAGGUGCGAGUGGACCGACCGGGGAAAGGGGAGCUCAGGGUCCACCUGGCCCAACUGGCUUUCCGGGAAUGCCAGGAGCUGCUGGCUUACCCGGAUCUCCAGGAAAGAAAGGCGAACCCGGUAUCGCUGGACCAGCUGGACCGCCAGGCGCGACGGGACCUCGAGGGGAAAGAGGGUUCACUGGAGAACGGGGACUCUCCGGCCAGCCCGGCACACCUGGAGAAAAGGGAGAGUCAGGGGCACAAGGAGCAGACGGCCCACCGGGACCAGAGGGACUUAAAGGUAGCAAAGGCCAUCCAGGUCAGCUCGGUGCAAUGGGACUUCCUGGACCGCGCGGUAUGACUGGUCUACCUGGGGAGAAGGGCGAAAGAGGCGCGGUUGGACCACAAGGCAAUGAUGGACCACCAGGACGUCAAGGGGAGCAAGGCCCUCAAGGGCCUGUCGGUCCACAAGGGCAUCCGGGUGAACCAGCUGAAAGAGGUGAACCGGGUACACCAGGUGUACCUGGAGAGUCUGGUGCACCAGGAUCGCAGGGCGAAAGGGGUCAGCCGGGAUUACAAGGAUCUCCCGGUCUUCCUGGACCUCCUGCCGAUCCAUUGGGAGAUGAUCCAAAUAGCAUGCCACCGCGGUUCUUUAAAGAAGAUAUGUCGCCGGCGGAACGCAAGAAGAUAGUGAUGAAAGCUUACGAACAGCUCAAAGUGUCUCUCAACAAAUUCCUCAAACCGGACGGCACUAAGGAAGCACCCGCAAAGACUUGUGGCGAUAUUAAAUAUCACUACCCUGAAUUCCAAAGCGGUCAAUAUUGGAUAGAUCCAAAUGGCGGGGAUAUGAACGAUGCCAUAUUAGUAUACUGCGAUAUGUCUACUGGCGCCAGUUGCGUGUUCCCGAAGCCGAUGCAGUCCCAGGACAUUGUAUACAAAGGAAAAGACCAUGAAGCGUGGCUCAGUGAAGUGGAAGAUGGAUUCACGAUAUCAUAUAAAGCGGAGCAUAGCCAACUGACAUACCUACAGUUGAUGUCAUCGCGCGCUGUUCAGAAUGUGACACUGCACUGCAUCAAUACUAUUGGGUAUUACAAUCCAGCGACGCACAACUACAGACACGGGCUCAAACUCCUCGCUUACAACGACGCUGAGAUCCUGCCCAAAGCCAAUAACAGACUUAGAUACAAAGCUUUGUUAGAUAACUGCCAGUAUAAGAAACAAGAAUGGGAAGAAACUGUUCUACAGUAUGAAACUGACAAGGCUGGACGUCUGCCGCUCCUGGAUGUAGCUGUGAGGGAUGUCGGUAGAAAGAACCAGAAGUUCCGCAUAGAACUGGGUUUGGCUUGCUUCAGUUAAACUUAACAAAACCUAACCUACAAAAUUUAUGUUCAAAAUUUUCUUUAGAUUCGUUAGAACAGUAAAAAGAAAAAUG